CCUCUCCCUCUCUCCAUGAUAAGGUCCUCCCCAGCGCCCGUGCCCUUGGAGCAGCUCUCCCGCCGAGCCCCGCACUCCGGAUGCAUCCCGGCAUCAUUGCACCCGCCCGGACGCGGCGCCUCCCGCAGCCUCCCCGGCGCGCAGGGAGUUAACCGGGCCCGGGGCGGGCGCUGCCGCCGCUGGCGGGCGGGGCUGGGCCGGGCGCCCCGCAGCCCGCCCGGGAACAGCGAGCGGCUCUGCCGGUUUCCCAGCGGCGGAUCGCGCUGCUCCCGGUAUAAAGCAUACAUGGCUCCUGGUUCCUCAAAAGAGAAGAAAUCUGAUGAUGGACAGGCUUCAAAAGAGAAUUUUAUUCAUCUCUGCAACCCUCACCUGGAGAAAAUGAAAGAAGACAUCCUGUACCAUUUUGCACUUGGGACCGGUACCCAUGAUUUUCCGAAGUUGUUUGGGGAUGUAAAGUUUGUGUGUGUUGGAGGAAGCCCUUCCCGGAUGAAAGCUUUUAUCGCCUACAUAGCGGAGGAGCUGGGGCUGGGGAGCCCUGGCUGUGACUACCCCAACAUCUGCGCGGGCACCGACCGCUACGCAAUGUACAAAGUGGGGCCUGUUCUGUCCGUCAGUCACGGUAUGGGCAUUCCUUCUAUUUCAAUCAUGUUGCACGAGCUGAUCAAACUGUUGUAUCACGCCAAGUGUUCCGACAUAACCAUCAUUCGCAUUGGCACCUCUGGUGGAAUAGGUCUGGAGCCAGGCUCAGUGGUUAUAACUAGGCAGUCUGUGGAUGCCACCUUCAAGCCUCAGUUGGAACAGGUUGUUCUGGGAAAGACAGUAAUUCGCAGCACUAACCUGGACGAACAGCUGGCCAAGGAGCUGAUGCAGUGCAGUAAAGAAAUCGGUCAGUUCAAUACAGUCAUUGGAAACACCAUGUGCACUUUGGAUUUCUAUGAAGGACAGGGCAGGUUGGAUGGUGCAAUCUGCUUAUAUGAUGAAGGAGAAAAACUGCAAUAUUUGAAGAAUGCUUAUGAAUCUGGUGUCAGAAACAUUGAAAUGGAGUCGUCUGUAUUUGCUGCAAUGUGUAAUCUCAGCGGUGUCAAAGCUGCUGUAGUGUGUGUCACUCUUCUGAAUCGGCUUGAAGGGGAUCAAAUCAGCAGCCCACACGAUGUCCUGGUGGAGUACCAGCAGAGGCCACAGAAGUUAGUGGGAUAUUUCAUUAAGAAAAGUCUUGGGAAAGUAUGAAAUCUCCAUCUCGUGUUUUAAAGAAGGAGAAGGCCUUUAUACAGAUCCAGUCAUGGCUGACUUUUGUACAUUACAGAUCUUUUGCCUCAGAAUAACUUACAGCAUUCCAUUUGUCAGAGGAAAUUAAUCAUUUGUGUCACUGUUCCUUGGGAACUGAAUGUACUGAAUGGACUUCAGCUAAGUUUUGCUUAGUUAUGCAUUGCUGGAUAUAAAACUCACUUUUCUGUGAAUUGGAAAGUAGAUCUGUUGUGAAGGACAAGCCUGUGAUAAUACGUGUAAAAGCUUUAUUUAUCCUUUCUGUAAAAGAAAUACUAGAGGGAAAAUCAAACUUUAUUGCCAAGUAUGUGCAUACCAGCAAAUUAACUUAAAAAUUAGAAUACUUUUCUUGUUAUAAAAAAUUAUGUAAGUUAUAAUUGUCUCUGUUGCUUCACUUGAAAACUUAAAGUGAAUGCAGUUUUUUUUUUUUUGCAGACUUUGACAAAUAAACAAUACUAUUUUCAUAUAUUAAAAUUUCAUGGAAUUGCAAAGUGUGGGACUGAAUUUUCUAAGCAUUAAGGACUUGACACUGAGCUGUUAAAUAUCUGUACUGCCUAGAUACCGAUCCAGGAAUAUUUUAACUAAAGAAUUGAAUCAAUACCCAGGAAAUAUUUGUGCAUUAAGUAAUUUUGCAUUGAAGUACUAGCAAUCUUUUGUUGAAGCAAGACUCCUGCUUAUGAAGAGGAGCCGAAGGCAUUCUGGAGGUGCACAGCAUGUUCACAGGCCUGUAUUAUAGUAGCCCUUUCUGUUUCCUUGCUUUUGCUUUGUUUCUUUUUUUUUAAAGAUUGGUAUUCAACUUCAUUCUCAGAAUGUAACACUCACUGUUGCAAUGGUUCCCAGUUCUUCUGAGGAACUGGAGUAUACCUCUUAGUGGUACAUGCCAUCAAAACCCCUUCUGCAAUUGUAGUUUUUUCCACUAACAUUGGCCUAAGUGUUUGGUUUCUUUUUUUUAAAUCAUACUCCUUGCUGCUUUGCUGCUGUAGUUCAAAUGUAAAUACGUGGUCAGUUAAAGAGAGUUUAUCUCUUUUUAUUACUUUUUAAUUUUUUUUUUUAAAUUUUCCUUCUUACUACUGCAGUAGGGGAGGAUCUAGUCGUAGCAGGGGUCACAGGUCAAAAAGUCUGAAUAAGCUCUUGGAACAGUUGUGGCUGACCCAGCAAAAUGAGAUCUUCUCUGUGAGGGUUGUAGUCUGCAAUGCUGUUAACAAGCACAAGUGUUAGAACUACGAGACAGUGAUGUUAGUAGUAGGCAGAAUCACCAAGUGACAGAGACUGGAAGAAAUGUGAUGAAAACAUUAAAAAAGAAAGGGUGACUCAUGAACAGCAAACUGCCAGUGAGGAUCAGUCUCCUUAAAUUUGAUUAGUUUUUCAGCUGGAAAACAUAUUAGUAACUUUUAGAAAGUUAUGAUAUAGUCUUCUAUUAAUUUUAAACCCACAUUUUCUCAUUUAUGCUCAGGAUAUACAAUGAAGAUAAAUUUUCAGAGAAAAUUUUUUUUCCUCUAACCUUAAGGGAAGGAGAGAGGUGGAAAUGGCUCCACAUUCAGUUUGAACUGUUAAUCCUUUAUUAAAAAAAUGAAAAAUAAAAAUAAUAAAAAAAAAUCUGUGUUUAACUAUGCCUGGUGCUUGCCUAGACAUUGCAUGAAGUCUGUGAAGUCCUUUGGGAAACAUGCAACAAAGCACAUCUUUUCUCUUCAAGGUCCUGUUCUCAAAACGGUAACAAGGAGAUAAAAACAAGAUCACUUCAGUGCGUGCUGCUCUCUGUGGUAGAGGAAGUCUAAUACCAAAUUGACCAGAAUGGGUUUGGAGGAGACAGUUGGCUGUUGUAUAAGAAAUAUACAGAAUUGAAUAAGAAGUACAUUAAGAGAAGAAAAUAUGCUUUACCUGGAAAACAAACAUCUAAUGUGACUGUAAAGCUCUAGGGAAGCAUAUUACUACAGUUGUCCUGGAGGCAUGAAUCUAAAAUGAUGUGACUUGUCUUUUUAAAGGAAGGACAGAAUGAAUCUGAAAAC